CACACAGAUCCAGACAUGGCUCCUACAACCACUGCAGCAAUGAUCAACUCUCAGGAGCAUCUCACUCUGACCCACAAGCUCAGAAAACCUCUGGUGGAGAAGUUACGCAGAGAGCGAAUCAACAGCAGCAUUGAGCAGCUCAAGUCUCUCCUGGGUCCAGAGUUCCUCAAACAGCAGCCAGACUCCAAGCUGGAGAAAGCAGACAUCCUGGAGAUGACAGUUUGUGUCCUGAGACGACUGCAGCAGCAGAAUCAGCAGCAGAGAAGACUGCUGAACCACUUCAACAAGCUGCAGUCUUCCUCUGAUAACAACCUGAGAGAGGCUGACUUCUCUCCUCUGAGCUCCACAGUCCAGACCAGCAUCACCACAGACAAGAGUCCAGUCAACAGCGCCCCCUGGAGGCCGUGGUAGACACCUACAGACUGGAGUUACUGCCAGACAAACUGAGACCACCAUAUUGGUCAAAGAUUACUGGAACUGAAUUCUAUGAUAUUCUUUGAAAUGUCAUUGAU